AUGGGAACGGAUACAAAUACUCCAACGAGGAGAAGCUCAACGGUGGCUUUUUAUGGGAUUCUGCUGCUGUUUUUCGGAGAAAAGGCUUUUGCUCAAAUCCGAUACUCUGUUCCCGAGGAGGUUAAAGACGGAACUGUGGUUGGAAACGUUGCGAAGGAUCUUGGCCUGGACAUCGCUUCUUUGAUUGAUAGACGGUUCCGCGUUGUGUCUGGAAGUGAAGACGCUAUCUUUGAAGUAAACCAGAAAAAUGGGGCACUGUACGUCAAUAAUCACAUUGACAGAGAGGAGCUUUGUCAGGGCAGUGGCGCCUGCCUCAUGGAGCUGAAAAUCCUCGUUGAAAACCCUUUGGAAAUACACUACGCUGUUGUGGAAAUUACUGAUGUGAAUGAUCACGCUCCUAGUUUUCCCGAAAAGAAUCAGACGUUUGAAAUAGCGGAACAAACGCUGCCAGGAAAACGAUUUCAGCUGCACACUGCUCGUGAUCCUGAUGCCGGAAUUAACUCAAUUCGUACGUACACUUUAACAACAAAUGAGCACUUUGAAAUAAAUAUUCGUCAAAGUGAUGUGGGUAAGAUACCAUUUUUAGUGCUUAAGAAAUCGUUGGACAGAGAACAAAAGAACACACACACUCUGCUGGUGACUGCAGUUGACGGAGGUAAACCUCCGAGAUCAGGCACGUUAAACGUUUCCAUUAUUGUUCUCGACAGUAAUGACAAUCGCCCUGUAUUCAGUCAGGAACUGUACGAAGUUUUAAUUCAAGAAAAUGUUCUUCCUGGCACGUCAGUGUUUAGAAUGAAUGCGACAGAUCGUGAUGAAGGCGCUAAUGGAGAAAUUGAGUACGCACUUGGAAAAACCUUGUUGCGGAAGGCCUACGAUAUUUUUGAAUUGGACAAAUUAACUGGAGAAAUAAAAAUAAAAGGAGUAGUAGACUAUGAAGAAAACGAUGAAUAUGAACUGGUUGUGGAGGCGUCCGAUAAAGGAACACCUCCACUGACAGGUGAGUGUAGAGUCAUUAUUAAGAUUAAAGACGUCAACGACAAUCCCCCGGAAAUAGAAGUAACGUCACUGUCAGACACAGCGUCAGAAGACUCAAAACCCGGAACGGUUAUUUCACUUCUUAGUGUGCGGGACAGAGACUCAGGGGUUAACAGUAAAAUAAUUUCACAAAUAACAAAUGACGUUCCGUUUGUAUUAAAGGCCUCGUAUAAGGAGAACACAUAUUCAGUGGUCACAAAUGAUUAUUUAGAUCGAGAGCAGGUGUCACAUUAUGAGAUAACAAUAAAAGCAACUGACUGCGGCGAACCUCCCUUAUCUACUUUUAAAACUCUCAACAUUUGGAUUUCAGAUGUAAAUGACAACAGUCCACAUUUUGAAAAAAGCAGGUUAGAGUUUUAUCUGUCAGAAAAUAAUGCAGCUGGAAACUCGAUAUUCUCUGUCAGUGCAACGGACAAUGAUUUGAAUGACAAUGCAGCUAUUUCUUAUCAUAUUGUCAGGGAAGGGAAUAAAAAUGACAUAAUGGCUUUCCUCAACAUAAAUUCUGAUAACGGUCAGAUUACAUCCUUAAAAAGUUUCGACUUUGAAACAGUGAAAACUGUCCAGUUCCACGUUGUAGCGUCAGAUUCUGGAACUCCGUCAAUGAGCAGCAACGUCACAGUGAACGUGUUCAUUCUGGAUCAGAACGACAACACUCCAGUCAUCCUGUAUCCAGUCAGCUCCAACGGUUCUGCUGAAGGUGUUGAGGAGAUUCCCCGCAAUGUGAACGCAGGACACUUGGUGACUAAAGUCAGAGCCUAUGACGCUGAUAUAGGAUAUAAUGGCUGGUUACUGUUUUCACUGCAGGAAGUUACUGACCACAGUCUCUUUGGUUUGGACCGCUAUACAGGACAGAUCAGAACACUUCGCUCAUUCACAGAGACAGACGAGGCUGAGCACAAGCUGCUCAUACUGGUCAAAGACAAUGGGAACGUGUCACUCUCAGCAACAGCUACUGUCAUUGUCAGAGUCGUGGAGCCCAAAGAAGCUUUUGCAGCUUCUGAUGUUAAAAGCUCAACAAAAGCAGAGGAGGACAAUAAUGUGACUUUUUACCUGAUGAUAACUGUGAGCUCAGUUUCAGCUCUUUUUCUCGUUAGUAUCAUCGUGCUGAUUUCCAUGCAGUGCUCAAAGUCCACAGACUAUACUUCUAAAUAUCUGCCAGAGCCUAAUUAUGAUGGGACACUGUGUCACAGCAUCCAGUACAGAUCUGGAGACAAACGCUACAUGUUAGUUGGACCCAGGAUGAGUAUAGGAUCUACUAUAGCCCCAGGAAACCAUGCCAAUACACUAAUGCUGCCUGACAGGAGGUCUGCAACUGGCAAGGUAAGCCCAUGUAUCUCAAUUUAA